UCAAUGGUUAACGUGCGCAUCCCCUCCAAACCCCAACUGGGUUCGGUUUCUUUGGUAGGUAAACCCUGAACAACAACUCAACACGCCUCUCUCUUAAAACUCCCAAAACUCUCAAAUUCUCACCCUCCAUUGCCACCAACCUUUUCUUCUUCCCAUUUAUAACACAUCAAUCUAGAGAGAGAAACAGAGAAAGAGAGAGAGAGAAAAAAAGAGAGGAAGAAAUGGCGCAAGUUAGCAAACUUUCCAGUGGAAUCUAUGGCUCCCAUCGCAACCCCACUUUACCCAAAACCCAUAAUAAUCACAAACCUUUUCUGGGUUCUCUACUUUUUGGAUCAAAACUAAAGAAGGGUUCAGAGAAUUCACUGUGUUUGAGCUAUGCAAGGGUUGUGAAGAACCAUUCAGCUCCACUAAGGGUUUCAGCUUCAGUUGCCACCGCCGAGAAACCCUCAAUGUCACCCGAGAUCGUGUUGCAACCCAUCAAAGAGAUCUCCGGCAUCGUUAAAUUGCCGGGCUCGAAAUCACUGUCGAAUCGGAUUCUCCUUCUUGCUGCCCUUUCUGAGGGAACAACUGUCCUGGACAACCUGUUGAACAGUGAUGAUGUCCAUUACAUGCUUGGUGCUUUGAGAACUCUUGGGCUACAUGUGGAAGAAGAUAGUGAAAACAAACGGGCCGUAGUAGAAGGUUCUGGUGGUCUGUUCCCUGUGGGUAAAGAAUCAAGGGAUGAAGUUCAUCUUUUCCUGGGUAAUGCAGGAACAGCAAUGCGUCCAUUGACAGCAGCAGUAACUGCUGCUGGUGGGAAUUCAAGCUACAUUCUUGAUGGGGUUCCCCGGAUGCGAGAGAGACCAAUUGGUGACUUGGUCACAGGUCUUAAGCAGCUUGGUGCAGAUGUUGAUUGUUUUCUCGGUACAAACUGUCCUCCUGUCCGUGUAGUUGGAAAGGGUGGUCUUCCUGGGGGAAAGGUGAAGCUCUCCGGAUCAGUUAGUAGUCAAUACUUGACUGCUUUGCUCAUGGCAGCUCCAUUGGCUCUAGGAGACGUGGAGAUUGAGAUUAUUGAUAAACUUAUUUCUAUACCUUAUGUUGAAAUGACUUUGAAGUUGAUGGAACGCUUUGGAGUCUCUGUAGAGCACACUGAUAGCUGGGAUAGAUUCUUGAUCCGCGGAGGUCAAAAGUACAAGUCUCCUGGAAAAGCUUUUGUCGAAGGCGAUGCUUCAAGUGCUAGUUACUUUCUAGGCGGUGCUGCCGUUACUGGUGGGACCAUCACUGUUGAAGGUUGUGGCACAAGCAGUUUACAGGGGGAUGUUAAAUUUGCUGAGGUUCUUGAGAAAAUGGGCGCAAAAGUUACCUGGACGGAGAACAGUGUGACUGUCACGGGGCCACCCCGGAAUUCUUUUGGAAGAAAACGCCUACGUGCCGUUGAUGUUAAUAUGAACAAGAUGCCAGAUGUUGCCAUGACUCUUGCUGUCAUUGCUCUUUUUGCUGACGGUGUAACUACUAUUAGAGAUGUGGCUAGCUGGAGAGUGAAGGAAACUGAACGAAUGAUAGCUAUUUGCACAGAACUCAGAAAGUUAGGAGCAACAGUUGAGGAAGGGCCCGACUACUGUGUGAUCACCCCACCAGAAAAACUAAAUGUUACAGCAAUAGAUACAUAUGAUGAUCACAGAAUGGCCAUGGCAUUCUCUCUCGCUGCCUGCGCAGACGUUCCUGUCACCAUCAAGGAUCCGGGUUGCACUCGCAAAACAUUCCCUGACUACUUCGAAGUCCUUGAGAGGCAUACAAAGCAUUGAACUGUUCAACGACAACAUUGAAAACAAAAAUAACGAAAACAAGAAAGCAUAUUUGAUAGGCUAUCCAGCAUGGUCUCUUGGCAGCGUAGAAGAGACAGACAGACGAUGUGAGCUAUAUCUAUUUCCUUUCGAUUUGCCAUGUAAUUGUUCAAAAUGUAUGUUGGUUGUUUUCGCGGGACGUGUAAUUUUAUUUCGACUUAAAAAUGUAUUAGUUCGAUCUUAAGUCGCCGUAAAAGUGAGUGUAAUUGAAGCUCUUUUUUUUUUACACAAAUGUUGUGUUCUUCAGCAUUUGUUAUUCAAAAUUUAUAUGGAUCUAAAGGUUAUAUAUGCCAGUAUGUUUGUGUUUUCUUGUU